CCCAGCGGCUGAGGGGCUUCCUCCCAGCGCCUGCCGGUGGCCGGGAUUCAGCAAGCUCCCGCAGCCGAGGAGUGCGGGGAUCCCCCACCACCUCACAUUUAGGACCCAGCGACCGCCAGGAAAGUAGAGACCCCCUCCAGAUCCAACACAGAGCGACUCUCCAGCCGGGGAAAGCGGGGACUUCCCCCGGAUUCAGGAGACAGCGACCCCCUACGGUACCGCGAAGACUCCCCCUCUUCAAUCUGGGGCCCCCAAGACCUAGGACGCAGUGACACCCCCCUCGUCUGGGAUUGUGGUGACCCCUGCCCAGAUCCUGACCAUUACAACUCCACACCUCAAGACACGAAGACCCAGCUCAAAACGCCCCCAGAUCAGGGGCUCCUAGACCCCCCAACUUCGGUACACAGAAAGCCCAAAUCUAGGGGUCCUGAGAACAGCAAGAGAUUCCCCCUCACCAGCAAGAGGCCUCGGGGACCCCCCUCAAAGCUCCAGGACCGGGGCGACUGAGCCCCUUGCGGUCCGCCUCGCAUCCCGGUCCAUGGUUGUGGCGCCCUGAGCCCCCCCGGGCCGGGCUGACGAAGACCGAGACGGCGCCCAGACCCCCUGCCGCUGCGUCCCCGCGGCCCCCGCCCAGUGCCAAAUAGGUGAUACUCAUCAUAGGAGACCUUCUACAUGACAAUCCAAGGACCCAGACUCCUCCUGUGUUGUGGCUCUACCAUCUCUUGGAAUCUUGGAGUCAUCUGCAUCAAGCCAGCAUACGAGAGAAUAGAGAAAUUCAUAUAAGCCCCAUCCUGGAAGUGCUGUGCAUCACUUCUGUUCACAUUCCAUUGGGGAAAACCAGUCACAUGGCCACACCUCGAUGCAAAGGAAGCUAGGAAGUAUAGCUCCCCACUGGACAGUUGCUUUCCAGCAACAACUUUGUGUUAUAGAAAAGGAAACCUGAAUUUUCGUGGUGGACAGUUGGCUGUCUUUGCUAUAACCAUGGGCAAGUCAUUAACCUCUUGGGCCUCUGUUCCUCAUCUAUGAAAUAAAAAGCAUUGAAUUGUAGUGACAGUUGCACAGCUCUAUAAAUUUCCUAAAAUUACUGAAUUGUGCCUUACAAUGGGUGAAAUUUAUAGUAUAUAAGCUAUGCCUCAACUAAGCUGUUAAAAAAAAUUAGGAAGCAUUUUGCCCCCUUAAGCAGGGUGGUUGCAAGGACUUGGUGAGUGAGAUUUUACCAAGCUGGCACCGUGUGCACGUGUGCGUGUGUGGUGAGGGAAGUUCAAAGUAGGUCUGAGUUGUAUUAUGAGCUAGGUGUAGCUUUCACAAGAGCGGCACCCAGCUGGAGCCACCUGCCAACAGGAAGUGGUAGGCAGUUCACUCUUCUUGCUUGGGAACCAACACAGGGUGGAGGGAAGCCCCCCCCCACACCCACUGUGGGCCCCCAGGCACGUGGCAGAACACCCAGCCCUGCCAAGCCCAAGGACCAGAGCCAUUGUGACCAGAGCCACACCUGCUGCCAUGAAGCCCUGGUGACACCCGCCAGCCUGCUGCCUUCGGCAACAGAUGGGCCAUCAAGGCCUCCCUUGGGGCCAGUAAGACGCACACUUGGUGGGUAUAGGGAAUGUGGGCAGACACAGUGCUGACCACACGGGGUGGAAUGAGGUCAGCCAGAGGAUCCACCCCCCUCCACCCUGGUGCUUGAAAGUCCAUAGCUGGUCCUUCAAUUGAAUGCAGUGAUAAUAAUUAUGCUAAAAUACCCCUAUGACCGAGUUUCCACCGAUGGCAGACACAGGUGUCUCCUGGUCCUUGUAGCACUCACUGAGGUAGAUGCACCUUACGUCACACUCUGGGCCUUGAACUCCAUCUGUAACAGGGAGCUGAUGUGCCCUCCACGUGGGUUUGUUGUGAGGAUUAAAUAGUUAACACGUGUGAAGCACCCAGACCAAUACAUGGCAUCCAGCCGGCCCUCAGCAGGAGCUAGGUGCGUGCAGAGUGUCCUUGGCCGAGGCUCUGCUCUGUGCUGGGUCUUGGUUGCCCCACCUGGCUACCGAGGGUGCUGGAUGAGAUGUUGCCAACGUUCUGACUCAGAAAAAUAUAGUGGUUAAAAAGCACCACCUUUGACUGUUGGAUUCUAUUCAUCGCGAGCAAAAGAGAAAGAAGGAAACCAAAGACUCAGGGAAGAAACUAGUCUACAGGACUGUCAACGUGAACCAUGGCUUCAUCUACCCCAAGACCAGAAUAACUAGAUGGUGCCCAACUAUCACUACUGUCUACUCUGAUCAGGGCCACAAUAGAUGGAUCCUGAUAGACUGGGAGAAAAAUGGGGAACAGAACCUCAGGUUCUUAAAAAUCCAGACUUACUGGAUCAGUUGAGACUGGAGGAGUCCCCGAGACAAUUGCCUUGAGAUACUCUUCAAACGUUGAACCAAAAUUACCCCCUGAGGUCACCUUUUAGCUAAAUAACAGAUUGGCUUAUAAAAUAAAGACUAUCACCUGUGAGUACUGUGCUCCUUUAAAAAAUCAUCUGUAUGAGACCAAAUGGUCAACAAUUUAAAACAAAGAUGAGACUGUAAGGGGGUGGGGAAACUAGAUUAGUAGAAUUGGAACAACUGGAACAGAAAUGAGAAUGUUCACAUUGUGAAGACUAUAACCAGUGUCACUGAAUGACUUGUGUAUAAAUUGUUGAAUGGACACCUAAACUGCUGUGUAUACUUCACCAAAAACACAAUAAAAUAUUAUUAAAAACAAAACACCACCUUUGGAGCCAAUCCCAGUGCUAGCUGUGUGACCUUGGGCAAGUUACUUAGUCUCUCUGUGCCUCUUUUUCCUCAUCUCUAAAGUGGCGAUAAUAAUAACACCUACCUCACAGAGUUGUGAACAUUAAACAAGUUAAUCUUUAGGAGAGGGCCUUGCCCGUAGUACUAUAUAAGUGUUAGCUGCCAUCGUUAUUAUUGUUGUUGUCAUUGCUUUAUUCGUUGUAUGAAUGAGGAAGCUGAGGCCCAGAGAAGUGAUGUAACUUGCUCAAGGUCACCCAGCUAAAAAGUAGCGUGUGUUAAGCCCAAGGCUGUCUCCACUGCUCCCUGUGUGCCUUUUAAGUCACAUGCAUUGUAACUGGGUCAGAGGCAAUAUGUACCUGGGGGAUGAUGCCGCAGCAGGGACGGGUGUGGUUUAAGUCCUGGUCUCCUGCUGAUACCUUGCAGAGAACAGACCUGAAGCAGGAAGCCCCAGGAAAAAGGAGUUUGGGAAGGGAUGAAAGGAGGGGACAGUAGGGAGGACCCCCAAAACUGGACCCUCGGAGCCAAGGGAAAGGAUGGGGGGGGUUCAAUCUCGCCCAGCCCCUGCCUGCCCCCAAGGAGCUCUUGGCCUAUUGAUGGGGACACAGCAGAGACCACCCCAAGACAUCAACAGGGGUCCUGAGAGAGGGACAGACAACGCUGUGUGAAUCCUGGGGGUUCAGUAGAGGCAGGAUCAGCACCUGCCAGGGCAGAAGGGAAGGCUACUGAGACACAGGAGAUGGGAUUUGGGUAGCUGGGGGAGGUGAAGGCAGGCAGCAGAGGUUGUUCAGGAAUGGCGGAGAAGACUGUAGAGAGGCAGUGCAGGAUAGUGGUCAGAGCAUGGGCUGAACUUGGAGUGAGGGGGCAAGUGUGUUGCCUGACACACCCCACCCCCCCCCACACACACACUGUGGCUGUGCCCUGACCCAGCUGGUAUCCAGCCAGGGCAGCUCUAAGGCCAGAGGGUCCGGGAUGGGCCAGGGCACCCAAUAGUCCCAGGGUGUGGGAGGAAGGGGCGGAGGCAAGAGGACUCGUAGCAACUUGAGGUGCCAGUCAAGCUACCUAGGGAUGCAGAAACUGCUGGAAGCAACCUGGCAAGGUCAAAGCCCCACGUGGGAGAAGCUGCACACCUGUGUACACAUGCCUGCACAUGCGUGGUCCGUUCACCUCAGCUGCCCCUGAGGAGGCCACACACAUCAGGAGAAGUAGGUCAGGAGAGCAGCCGGCAUAGCACUGUGGCAGGCAGGAGAGAAGGCUCCCAGCACAGAACCCCUGGGAGACAGCCGCUCUCUCCACACACAGGACACACCGGCCUGAGGCUGCCUCCAAGGGCGUCUUCAGUUUUCCCAUCAAGAUGUGCGUCACCCACACAUUCGACGGGGGUUGGAAGAGGUGACCCCUGCCAGCCCUAAAACCAGGGAGAGGCUAUUGUGGACGGCUAUCACCCCACUGCAGCCCAGUGGGUAGCUGUUGUAAAAAGAGGCCAGUGCCGCCCAGCCCAGGUCACGCUGCAUAGGGACGUGGUGGCGGGGGCCAUGUCAGCCUUGGUUCAGCGCUCUGAGUGGCAGAGGCCCGGUGUCUGUGGGCUUGACGCCACUCCUCCCUCUGAGAGUCCAUGAAAUGGGCUAGCCUCAGCGUCAGUGUGGCUUUUCAGACUCCCUGCAUACGUUCAAUGGAAAUCAACUAGGAGAGAAAAGGUGGUGGGAGCAGGGGUGGUGGGGAGGCUCUGCUAGAAUAGGGGAGACUUGAGCUCCCUCAUGAAUGGUGGAGAAGGGGGCAGCAGGUUCCUGAGGAAGCAGAAGGGGCGGGAGCCAAGGCUGAGGGGGAUACCUCCUCCCCCAGCCAGCUGAGAGGACAGUGCAGAUGGAGCACCGUUUGUGGCUGGGUGGGAGGCCAGGAAGUUCCCUCCUGACGUUCCCUCCUCUCUGUGUGAAGUGGGAGGCUGGGUCGUGUCGAGAGUGAAAGGGAAGGUAGAGGAAGAGAGGGGGCUGGGGGCAUGGGAGAGAAGCUGCGAAGCCAGGGUGAGGAUGCUGGGCACCGGGAGAGCUUCCUGAUGCCAGCCUCCAGCACGUUCAGCAGCGCUUGCUUAGCAGGAGACCAUGCAGGCAAUAAUGACUGCAACAACGUCUGACACAGAGCUCUCCACGUCUGUUAACUUAAUCCUCACGACAGCCCCUCGGAAGAAGAUACUAUUUGUUGUUGUUAGUUGCAUGGAGUCAAUUCCAAUUCAUGGCGACCUCAUGUGUGCAGAGUAGAACUGCUCCACAGGGUGUUCAAGGCUAUGGCCUUUCACCAGCAGAUGGCCAGACCUAUCUCCCGAGAUACCUGUGGGUGGGUUGGAAUCCCCUAUACUUCCGCCAACCUUUCGGCUAGUAGUCAAGCACUUAACCAUUGUACCACUCAGGGACUCCUCAGGUACUAUUGCCAUGUCCUUUUUAUAAACGAGGAAACUGAGGCACAGAGAAAGAAACUUGCCUAGGGACAUUCAGCUAGCAAGUGCCAGGGUUGGAAUUCAAACCCAGGCCACACCCAGCAAAAACCCAGUGCCGUCAAGUCGAUUCCAACUCAUAGCGACCCCAUAGGACAGAGUAGGACUGCCCCACAGAGUUUCCAAGGAGCGCCUGGCAGUUUUGAACUGCCGACCCUUUGGUUAGCAGCCAUAGCACUUAACCACUACGCCACCGGGGUUUCCUAAACCCAGGCCAACGGGCUCCAAAUCCAUGCUUUCUCUCAGCUGGAGCCAUGGAGCUGCCGGGAGGGGUGGCUGAGGAGAAGGUGGUGGGAUGCUGAGGGUGCUGGGUGCUACCCCUAGGAUUAGGGAUAGAAGAGAAUGAGGUAAGGGCAGAGGGAGGGUGCCCCCGAAGGAGGCUUCCAGGGGCUGGGGGCCGAGAGGCAGGGGGGAGUAUAGGGCAUUCAGUACUGGGCCUCCCCUGGGGGUGCACGCACAAACACAUACACUGCACCUGUAAAAGUCUCCACCUUCCCCCCCACCCCCAUUUUACAAACAAGAAAUGGAGGCCCCGGAUGAGGAGUGACUUACUUACUGCCACCCACUUGGAGCCUUUAAGAAUCCGGUCUCCCUGUCUCCAGCUCUGGACUGUACCCCCUUGUAGGUCUCUGCUCCCCAACACCCACAGGUAGACUCAAGGACACCCAGUCCAUUCAGAGACAAAUCCAGUAGCUCUGAGGGCUGUGUCCAGGAAGGCCGCCCCAGGCUCUAUGAAAGGGUCAGUCUGUGAAUGUGAAGGGAGGGCUGGGUCUUUGUGGGACAGGAGCUGGCCUUGUGUCUGGGGCAAGGGCUGGACGGGACCCCGGGACACAGCAUAGUUGUGUGUACCUGAGGGAGCUGCACUGUCAUCUGUGGGGGAGGGAGAGGUUAUAAGGCUCUGGUUGUUGUGUGGCUGUGUGUGACAGGCUCUGAGAUCCUGACCGUGUGUGUGGUUGUGUUAUUGUGUGGCCGUGUCUGCACCUGCCAGGGCUUUGAGACCACGUGGUGGCGGUAGCUGAUGUUACAAGCCUUUGCCCUCAGACUUCCCCUUUCCCCUCUCCCUGCUUUAUUUUCUCUACAGCCCGUAUCACCUUUAGUCAUAGCAUAUAAUUCAUGUAUUUGUUAUGCUUACUGUCCAUCUUCCCCUAGAAUGUAAGCCCUGUGAGGGCAGGGACUCUGAGCUGUUUGUUCAGGGCUGUGUCCCCAGGGCACUUGUGAAUGGGAAAGCUCCUGUGUGAACUCGGUAAGUGGCCAUGUCUUUGUGUGACAGUCACACGUGGGCCUUGCUGACACUGCAUCUGGAUGACUGUGAGACAAAUGGGCCCUGGUACCCACAUGUAGCGGGGAAUAGUGACUGUGUCUGUAGGGACUGCUGGUUCAGGUCCUGCCUCUGAAACUUUGGGUGAAAGGGAUGCAGCAAAGAUGCUUGUCGCCCCCUUGUGGUCACCCUGGGCCUGGCAUCCAGGCCUAUCUUCAGGGACCCUGGCUGCUAGGUGAGAGGAGAGAGCCCUGGCCUGAAGUUACACUCCACGUCAUGCCUUCCACAACAGGGAGAAGAUGAGUGUGGGCUGCCCAGAGCCUGAGCCGCCCCACUCCCUGCCCUGCUGUGGGCCGGGGGCCGCCCCUGGGCCAGGAGCCGGCGUGCCGCUUCUCACUGAAGACAUGCAGGCACUGACCCUCCGCACACUGGCUGCCAGCGACGUCACCAAGCACUAUGAGCUUGUCCGGGAGCUGGGCAAGGGCACCUAUGGGAAGGUUGACCUGGUGGCCUACAAGGGCACAGGGAUGAAAAUGGCGCUCAAGUUCGUGAACAAGAGCAAAACCAAACUGAAGAACUUCCUGCGGGAGGUGAGCAUCACCAACAGCCUCUCCUCCAGUCCCUUCAUCAUCAAGGUCUUUGACGUGGUCUUCGAGACUGAGGACUGCUAUGUCUUUGCACAGGAGUACGCACCCGCUGGGGACCUGUUCGACAUCAUCCCUCCUCAGGUCGGGCUCCCGGAGGACACGGUGAAGCGCUGCGUGCAGCAGCUGGGCCUGGCUCUGGACUUCAUGCACGGACGGCAACUGGUGCACCGCGACAUCAAGCCCGAGAACGUGCUCCUGUUCGACCGCGAGUGCCGCCGCGUCAAGCUGGCCGACUUCGGCAUGACGCGCCGCGUGGGCUGCCGCGUGAAGCGCGUCAGCGGCACCAUCCCCUACACGGCGCCCGAGGUGUGCCAGGCGGGCCGCGCCGACGGCUUCGCCGUGGACACGGGUGUGGACGUGUGGGCCUUCGGCGUGCUCAUCUUCUGUGUGCUCACCGGCAACUUCCCGUGGGAGGCGGCGUCGGGCGCCGACGCCUUCUUCGAGGAGUUCGUGCGCUGGCAGCGGGGCCGCCUGCCCGGGCUGCCGUCGCAGUGGCGCCGCUUCACCGAGCCGGCGCUGCGCAUGUUCCAGCGCCUCUUGGCGCUCGAGCCCGAGCGCCGCGGCCCGGCCAAGGAGGUCUUCCGCUUCCUGAAGCACGAGCUCACGUCUGAGUUGCGGCGCCGGCCCUCGCACCGCGCGCGCAAGCCGGCCUCCGGCGACCGCCUGCCGCCCGCUGGGCCGCUGCGCCUCGAGGCUCCCGGGCCGCUCAAGCGCACGGUGCUGACCGAGAGCGGCAGCGGCUCCCGGCCCGCGCCCCCCGCCGGAGGGCCCGUGCCUGUCCCCGUGCCCGUGCCAGAGGCCAGCCUGGCGCCCCCGGGGCCCCCGGGCAGGACCGACGGCCGCCCGGACAAGAGCAAAGGGCAGGUCGUACUGGCCACGGCCAUCGAGAUCUGCGUCUGAGUCGCCCCGCGCCCUCGGGCCGGAGCGCCGUGUAGCAGCCAGGCGGGGCCAAGACGCAGCC